AUGAAGCUCGCUAUCAUUUCCACUCUCCUCCCUCUGCUGGGCGCCGCCCUCCCGGCAUCCAACCCUGCACCAAAGAACCCAGAGGCUUUCACCGUCAUGGCCACCCGCUCGGCCUCUCCCAUCCACUUCCUCCCUCUUAACGCCGCAGGCCAAUCUUUCUGGCUCGGCGGAAAGCCCUCAACCUACUGCCCUCUCCCCUCCGGCUGCCCACCUGGCAACACCACCGUCCUCGCUGGCAACGGCGCUGCCCUGAGCGUCGUCGUCCCCGGCGGCCAACAAGUCUACGUCGCCCCCUCUGGUGCCCUGAAGUUCACCCAGGCCCACUCCGCAUAUAUUCCCCCGGGCUCCUCAUACGGUCCCUUCGAGUACAAGCCCGGUGCGCAGGGCUCGUCCUUCGGCUACUACGAGUACUCCGGCUGGGGCGCCAAGGGCUUCAUGGCUUGCCCCACCGAUGACAACCGCUGGCAGGUAUUCGCCGCGCUGCAGAACGCGACUGUCCCCAGUGGUGAGGUGAAGGAUUGCCUUGGUUUCAAUGCGCUUGCUGUGCCGAGUAACCAGACUGGCCAGACGUGGCAGUAUGUUUAA